UACCGAAAAAUACAUCACACCCCGUAGAACACCAGCAGCUAUUACAAAAAUUUUAUACCUCUACAAAAUUUUCUCCACUUCAUCAUUACGGAAAGGGUCCAAAUAAUAACUUCUCCCCGGCGUGCAUAAUUCAUUAUUUAUACUAAUAUACAGUGGUUGUGUACGGUACUGAUUGUGAACAUGUGGUGAUUUUGACCGAUUAACGGGUGGAUGUGUAACGUGAGAAACCACACAGUAUCAGCCACAGAUAAGAUUACCCCCGGAUUGAGGGGAGGAUUUGAUUACCCGAUCCGUUGUAAAUCGAUCUGACGAAGCCGAGUGGUGAGGCAGCCAUGUCUAGCUUGUUUUCAUGUUUUGGGAAGAAAAGCAAAGUUAAGAGAGGAAACAAGGAACCGAAAGACAGAAAGAAAGAUGCCAAAAGCAAAGAAAAAGAACAGACCCCACUUAUCAUUAAGGAUGAGAGGAAACCGCCUUUGGAGGAAAGUGUACCAGACGUAGCCCAGACAAAUGGGGAUGUGCACAGGGAGGAGGUGGAGGUGUCCCCACCGGAAGAACCCAGCAGCCCCUUAAUUAAAGAGCUGGAGAUCAAACUUCUAGAGAGGAGAGAGAAAGGCAAAGCAGACGACAACAAAACAGAUAUCAAAGAAAUCCAAGAUGAUCUACCCCGAGAGCAGGAACUUAACAAAGCUGAAAAGAAAACACCGGAAUCAGAAGCACACAUGAUCACACAGACAGAGGAAAUAGAAAAGAAUGCAACGGUCGUGUCAGAAAAUACCACACCGGUAGUAACGGAAAAGAAAGCGCCGAUCGUGCCGGAAAAGAAAGCACCGGUUGUGUCGGAAAAGAAGGCACCGGUCGUGGCGGAAAAGAAAUCACCGGUUGUGCCGGAAAAGAAGGCACCGGUCGUGGCGGAAAAGAAAGCACCGGUUGUGCCGGAAAAGAAGACACCGGUCGUGGCGGAAAAGAAAGAGGUAGAUAUUAGUGCAUUAGAAGAGCAAAUAGAAAAAUCGAGGUCUGAGAUUCUACAACUCAGAACCGAAAACAUCCAACUCAAAAAGGAGAUUUCCGAGAGUGAACAUCUGAAGAGCUUAUCAUUAGAAAAGGCACAACUAGAAGACCAAAUCAAGCGUUUGGAAGACUCAUACAAACAACUUCAAGCAAGAGAACAUAAGAUUACUACUGAAUACGAAGAUUUGAAGAAUUCUGUGUCAAAAGAAAGUGAAAAAUUUAAAGAUGAAAUGGAAGAAAGGUUAAGACUUGCUCUCAAUGAGAGACAAAAUAUUUUAACUUCCUUUGAGGAAAUGGGCACAUUAUGCUGCAGUCUUGCUUGUAAAAUUGACACUAUGGAGUCCACAAAACAACAGCGUACAGAAGAGGACAUAACACCGCGGGUAGAGAGUUUGGGGGAAUCACACAAACUGGUCAACAAAGAUCUGACAACAUUAAGGCACCAUCUAGAUGAACUGGAACUUCGAAUUAUUCGUCUGGAAGUCGACAAAGACAAUCUGGAGGAUCUUCAUAGUGAGAACUUCGUAGCCUUGGAGGAAACAAGAAAGGAAAAUUCCAAUUUGGUGGUCAAAAUAAAGAAAUUGGAAGUUGAAUGUGAAGGAAAGAAGACAAAUUUAGUCCAAGCAGAGAAAGAGAAGGCAAUUAUGUCAUCACAGCUAACAAUGUUGAUGACAGAGGUUGAAAACCUUAAACGGAAGAUGGAUGAGUUGUCUGUUGCCCAUGGUGAAAAGGAGGCAGCGUUAGAAAACUCAUCGAGGAAGCAUUCAACCCUGAGCGAAGAAAUCAAAGUACAAGGAAUAAAAAUACAGACAAUGACAUCAUUGGUCAAGGAAAGGGAAGAGACAUGCAACAAAACUGAGAAGAAAUUGAGGGAAGCAAAAAAAUUGAAUGAGGAACUUAUGAAACGAUUACAUGAGCAAGAAAACAAGAAACAGAAUGGCACUAGUCCAGUGAAAAUGAACGGUGCUGCAUCGCUGACUGUUCCAAUAGCAGACGAUACGAGUCGUUUGCACAAAAUCUCGGAACGGUUUGCUGUCGAACUUUAUGGUGGCCUAUGGUGUGAAGCAUACCAAAAACUCACAACAGUAUUCAAAAGAGAGGAAAAGAAAUCGCUACAAAUACUGAUGGACUUCUGCACUGAAGCAUAUCUCCAUUGCCGACGAACGGCCAGGCAGCAGCUGGACUCAGUAUAUUCCCUGCUGACCAACCCUUCUGUCGCACAUGGACGCAACAGUAUCAGCAGACGAUCACCGUCAUCCAAACAGUCGACUCCAGAGAAUAUCCCGCCGAGUCUUCGCCAUCAGAUCGUACAGUUCCGGAAAGAUCCUUCCAGAGACUUCCUGGACAGUUUAUACGAUGAUUUCCUAAGUGUCUUAGACUUCCAGAAGUCCCGUCACCUGAGAAGUUUCCAUAUGAAAGAGGUGAAAGACAUUGCUCCCUACAUCACGAAAUGUCUGGCCAUCAGCUGGGAGAUGGUGGUUCAGGACCCACCGAUGUACCUACAGUUCAAAAUCCGGCAUGGCACCCCCGUGGAUCGGGAAAAAUACAAUUUUUACACGACAGAGGGAGAAGUGGUGGACUACCUUGUGUGGCCGGCCGUGCUGAGGGAAGAGAACGGUGUGGUACUGCACAAAGGCUUGGUGCAGGCUAUUUCAUCCCGACCAGGUUAACGCUACAGACUGGCAAUUCUAUAUCGCUACAGACUGGCAAUUCUAUAAUUAUGAGGGUCCACAUAAAAUAUACAUACAUGUAAAAGGUUUUUAUUUUAAGCAAGGGGGAUUUGCAUGAAUAUCAUGUGCACUAUGCUCAGAAUGUAUUGAUAAGAAAUGGAGUUGUGUUGUGAUUGUUGAUUUAUUUUUACUUUAAUCUUCAAGGUUUUGUUUUGAUGGAGUUACAUUCAUUGUACUAACACAUUUGUCUCAGUCUUUUUAGUCCCAAUAUUUGUAAACAGAGCACUGCCUUUUUUUUAGUUCACUGCCUCCAUUGAGUCGUAUUGUGCAUCUCCAGGGACAUUUUAUAAAGAUUGUCAUUUUUUUUGUGUAUAUAUAAGAGAAGUUGCAUCUAGCCGUGACAUUUGGAUAAUGUUGGAUUGGACUUUGCUUUAUGUGUUGUGUGUCGGUAAAUUGUUCUAUUCUAGCGACAGAGCGGAUACCUAAUACGUGUCCUUGGAAUGUUGGGAUAAAGGGAGCAGAAUCGUUCACUAAUGGUCAUAGGAUGCAUAAUCUAGUCAAAGGACACAAUUAUGCUGUUUUGUUGCCAUGACAUUUAGUAUUACAGAAACUGCAAUAUUUCAUUCUUGUCUGUGCCAUUUCCCAUGUCUCCCGGUAGGUAAUACUUUGUACCCUGGACACAAAAAUAUAAACACAACCAUCAAAUGGUGGAAGGAUUCAUUUACACAAAUUUUUAAACUACUACUUAUAUUGCUAAUCUUGAUUUUAGCAUUUAUUUCUUUUUAAACAUUUUCAUCCGAUGUUUUAUCGAACACUUCCUUUAGUGAGAACUUUACAUUUCAUCGUAAUGGCAUUUAAGCUUGGUAUAUGACUGGCAUUUUAUCAGUCACAGGUUGUGUUUAUCUGUACAUUUGUUGUGUCUUUUUGUUGUUGAGAUUAAAACUACAAAUAUAAA